UUUCUGCCAGAAAACACGAGCGACCACGCCUCCCACCCCAUCUGGAUCCGCCGCCUCCACGCCGCCGGCUGGCGUCCUCCGCCACGCCAUCCACCGCCGUGCCGUCCUCCCCGCACCGCGGCCUGCCUCCUCUCCGCCGUGCCCUCCUCCUCGCGCCGUCCGAGUCCUCCGUGCGCGGUUCGCCGACGCAGAGGCCCAGGCCAGCCCGCUCCGGGCCCGCGCCGCCGACCGCGACGGGCUGCUCAGCACGCUCCUCGCCGCCACGGGCAACGACCGGGAGGAGGAGGAGGACGCGCGGGAGGCGGGGUAGCGUCAGAAUCAGCGCACGUCGGAUCCGGCAUGCUGCUCCUCUCCCUUCCCAAGUCGCCCUGGAUCUCGCGAUGCUGGAGGUGGCCGCCGUCGUUGCUAUGGAGGGCUCGCCACCCGCCUCCGGAGUCCCACGUCCCCGAGAUCAACGGGAUUGCCAAGCCGAGGUCAUCAUUUCUCGACGGGCUCCUCCAUCACUUCUGGUUUCCCACAGUGGCUAUGGGCUGCCUCUCCCUCUCGAUCCUGCGCUCCUCCUCCUCCGGUUCAGGUUUCAGGCCGUGGCUGAGGGUCGCCUCUCCAUAUCCAUCCUUCCAAUCUGGAGCACAGGUGGAGAGCCUGGCUGUGUGCGGCGGAGAUGGCGCCCCGCAUCUGCGCCCUAUAAGCCCGGACAGAGCUCCGCCGAGGCCAUGACCUCCGUAGGAGGGGAGGCCGCAAGGCGGGAAAGCCAGCAGCGGAAUUCUUUUCGGGGAUGCGUGGAUCUGGUGAUGCUGGAGCAGGGGAACAGGAAACAUCACAUCCGCAACGGCGUUUCAAAUAGCCAAUUUACCUUUCUCCCUAAAGAGGGAACAUAGUCUGAUGGGACAGCUCCUGAAUCAAUGUCACAUAAGGAAACAACUUACUUGGAGGAGUUGAAGGAGUUGAGAUGAGUUGAUCACAUCCUCAUGUGUCUUUGCAUGUUGCAACAGGGGCAGUGUACUUUUUUUUAUAGCAAAACAUUCCUACUUUAGAUAGAAGAACUUAUGGGGCACAUCAGAUGUACUGACCACUCCUUAGUCCGAAGGACGGGAGUAACAAUUUUUCUCAAGUUCUGCUGUUGUAUUGUACUAGAAGUCUGUUCAUCAAACUGCCUUAUCAACCAUCUGCUAUUAACCCUCAAACAUCUAACAUUUUUUUUUGACA